AUGGCGGCUGUGGCGGUCGCAAAUGGAUCCGCCGUCAACGCUGUUGCCGGGCCAAGCUGGGCUACAAGGGAAGCUCAUAUUGAUAAGGUCAUCUCGCGGCCCGGGCCGUGGACAGACGAGAGCUUCGAGCCAGCCGAAGUCAAGACCUCUCUUCGAUCAAAGUGCAAGACUCUCGUUAUCGGGGCCGGGGGCCUGGGAUGCGAGAUCCUCGCGAAUCUGGCGUUGACAGGUUUCAAGGAGAUCCAUGUUAUAGACAUGGACGAGAUCGAUGUCAGCAAUCUCAACCGGCAAUUCCUCUUCAGGGAGAAAGACGUCGGGAGACCAAAAGCAGUGGUCGCAGCAGAAUACGUGGAACGCAGAGUGCCUGGAGUCAAGAUCGUUCCCUACCACGGGAAGAUCCAAGAUAAAGAUGACGCGUACUAUAUGCAAUUCAACAUCAUCAUAUGCGGGCUCGACUCGGUGGAAGCGCGGCGCUGGAUAAACGCAACUGUGGUUAACAUGGCGCAGGUUGAUCCAGCGAACCAGGACGCAUACAAAGCUCUCAUUGACGGUGGCACAGAGGGAUUUAAGGGCCAAGCAAGAGUAAUCUUGCCCACCAUCACUAGCUGCUACGAAUGCUCACUCGAUUUGCUAAAUCGUCAGACUACAUAUCCCAUCUGCACCAUUGCCAAUACGCCGAGACUACCGGAGCACUGUAUCGAAUGGGCCAGUGUGCUGGAAUGGCCCAGAGUACAUGGAGACAAAAAUAUCGACAACGACAACCCAGAUCACAUCCAGUGGCUCUUAGAGCAAGCUUCCGCGCGCGCAGAAAGAUUCAACAUUACCGGGGUGACGUGGUCGCUAACGCAAGGCGUCGUCAAGAACAUUAUCCCAGCCAUCGCAUCUACGAAUGCAAUCGUCGCCGCAGCGUGUACCCAGGAGGCGUUCAAGUUUGCAACAACCGCCGCGCCUUUUCUUAACAACUACAUGAUGUACAGCGGCAAUGAAGGCGUGUACACGUACACGUAUGCGUACGAGAAACGCAAGGACUGCCCCGUGUGCGGAGGAGAGAGCAGAGAGCUCGAGAUUCAGAAGGAUUGGCCCAUCGAGCGGCUCAUCGAGAUGCUCAUAGAGACGAAAGACUUGCAAAUCAAGAAGCCGUCUCUCUCUGGCGAAAAGGGUCCGAUCUAUUUCCAGGCUCCCCCACAGCUUGAAGAGCAGACGCGGCCAAACCUCACCAAGACAAUUGGGGAAAUGUUUGAAGAUGGCGACGGAAUCACCGUCACGGACGCCAGCCUUCCAUUUCAGCUAGGCAUUGUUCUCAAGUUUGUCGCAUGA